GAAUAUUUUGUCUUCCGGCGUGCGCGCGGCGUAGGGCCGAGUAAUGCCUUCACCGGGACGUGAGGCAUUGUCAUUUAAGAAUGGAAGGGGAUACAGAUUUCAGAAAAAGGUUUAGUUCUUUGUGUUUCAUUACCGAUCAUGUAGGAUUUCUUGGCACUCUGAAAAGCUCACCAAGUGACUUUGUUGUUAUUGAGAUUGAUGAACAGGGACAGUUAGUUAAUAAGGCCACCGAUGAACCUAUUUACAAGGUUAGUCAAGUACUGCCUGAGCCAAAUAAUUUUGCCAAGAAGACAAAACUAGGUUUUCAGAAUUUAUCCUCUGAAGAGGGAAACAACCAGCAGCAAGUCAGUACUUUGGUCCAGUGCUCUGAUGAUGACCAAAAUCAUCACUGUGGUUCAGAAAAGAAAGAUACCAAUGAUGGGACUUCCAAAGGUGAAGAAGAAAAGGCUUAUGCAUUAGGCUCUUUGUUAGAUGAAAAAACUAAUGAGCUACUGGAUCAGUUUGCCUGUGAUAUAAAAGAGAAAUGGAAUUCUAAAAGUGAGCUAACUGGGCCGUCUCCUGAAUUCUCACUUGGCAGAAUCCUUGAUAAAAACCAGAGGGCUAUUUUGCAUAGUGCGGUUCGACAGAAAUUUCCUUUUUUAAUAACUGUAGGAAAAAACAGUGAAAUUGUUGUAAAACCAAAUCUUGAAUAUAAAGAACUCUGUCACUUGGUAUCUGAAGAAGAAGCUUCUGACUUUUUUAAAUACUUGGAUGCAAAGAAAGAAAACUCCAAAUUUACCUUUAAACCUGAUACAAACAAAGACCACAGAAAAGCUGUUCACCAUUUUGUCAACAAAAAGUUUGGAAAUCUUGUGGAAACCAAAUCUUUUCCUGAAGCUAAUUACAAUGCUGGUAAUCCAAAUACAGUGAUAACAGUAAGAUUUCGUGAAAAAGUACACAAGCACAGGAAAAGGUCUGUUGAAAGCCAGGAAAGAAAAGUUAUAUACACAGCCUUUACCCUACGAAAAGAAAAUCUAGAAAUGUUUGAAGCAGUUGGUUUUCUAGCUGUCAAACUUGGUGUGAUUCCCUCAGAUUUUAGUUAUGCAGGCCUUAAAGACAAGAAAGCCAUCACCUAUCAAGCAAUGGUUGUUAGAAAGGUGACUCCAGAGAGGUUGAAAGAUAUUGAAAAAGAAAUUGAAAAAAAAAGAAUGAAUGUGUUUAACAUUCGGUCUGUAGAUGAUUCCCUUAGACUCGGUCAGCUCAAAGGAAAUCACUUUGAUAUUGUCAUCAGAAAUUUAAAAAACCAAAUAAAUGAUUCUGUAAACCUGAGAGACAGAAUUUUGGAGGCCAUAGAAAAUGUUAAGCAUAAAGGAUUUGUGAAUUACUAUGGACCACAGAGAUUUGGGAUGGGAAAGAAAGUUCACACAGAUCAAAUUGGAUUGGCUUUGCUGAAGGGUGAAAUGGUGAAAGCUGUAAAAUUAUUUUUUACACCAGAAGAUUUGGAUGAUCCUGUCAACAGAGCAAAGAAAUAUUUUCUUCAAACUGAGGAUGCUAAAGGCACACUUUCAUUGAUGCCGGAAUUCAAAGUUCGAGAGAGAGCAUUGUUGGAGUCCUUGCAUCGCUUUGGCAUGACUGAGGAGGGUUGUAUCCAGGCAUGGUUCUCCUUUCCCCAUUCUAUGCGCAUUUUCUACAUUCAUGCAUAUAGCAGCAAAAUUUGGAAUGAGGCAGCAUCUUACAGACUAGCAAUCUAUGGAUCAAGAGUGGUAGAGGGUGAUUUGGUCUGUUUGGAUGAAGAUGGUGAUGACGAGCAUUUCCCAAAUAGUAAAGUUCAUCUAGUAACUGAAGAAGAGGAAUCAGCUAAUACAUACACAGCACAUCAGGUGGUUCUUCCAGUGCUUGGAUACAGUGUUCAGUACCCAAAGAACAAAGUAGGCCUGUGGUACCAGGAAGUGCUUAGCAGAGACGGACUACAGAUGUGUAGGUUUAAAGUACCUACUCUGAAAAUGAAUGUUCCAGGAUGCUAUAGAAAGAUUUUAAAACAACCCCAUAAUCUCUCAUACCAACUAAUGGAAGAACAUGAUACGGAUGUCAAAGCAGAAGGCUCCUACAUCGAUGAAGCAACUUUAUCUCUUUUGAUUUCUUUUGAUCUUGAUGCUUCUUGUUAUGCUACGGUUUGUCUGAGGGAAAUAAUGAAGCAUGACUUUUAAAACCGGUA